CAGUACCAGUCUGACUCUGUAAUGUUUCCUCUAGGGGGAGCAGCACAUGACCUAACAGAGAGAGAUCUCGAGACAAAUUCAAACAGGGGAAAUUUGCUAGAAUCAACAGCGAUGGAUCCGUGUUCAGUGGGAGUGCAGCUCCGCACCACACACGAGUGCCACAAGACCUACUACACACGGCACACGGGCUUCAAGACUCUGCAGGAGCUGUCAUCAAAUGAUAUGCUCUUACUUCAGCUGAGGACUGGGAUGACGCUUUCUGGGAACAAUACAAUUUGCUUCCAUCAUGCAAAAAUUUACAUUGACAGAUUUGAGGAUUUGCAGAAGUCAUGUUGUGACCCAUUUAACAUACACAAAAAACUAGCCAAAAAAAAUUUGCAUGUAAUUGACUUAGAUGAUGCCACUUUCCUGAGUGCAAAAUUUGGCCGACAGCUCGUACCUGGUUGGAAGCUUUGUCCAAAAUGUACACAGAUAAUCAACGGAAGUGUGGAUGUUGAUUCUGAAGACCGGCAAAGAAGAAAACCUGAUUCAGAUGGAAGAACGGCUAAAGCUUUGAGGUCAUUACAGUUUGCAAACCCAGGAAAACAAACUGAAUUUGCUCCAGAAACUGGUAAAAGAGAAAAAAGAAGGCUUACAAAAAAUGCAACAGUUGGCUCAGACAGGCAAGUGAUACCGGCGAAGAGCAAGGUCUAUGAUAGCCAGGGCCUCCUGAUCUUCAGUGGGAUGGACCUCUGCGACUGCCUGGACGAAGACUGCCUGGGCUGUUUCUAUGCCUGCCCUGCCUGUGGUUCUACCAAGUGUGGAGCCGAGUGCCGCUGUGACCGCAAGUGGCUGUAUGAGCAGAUCGAAAUCGAAGGAGGAGAAAUAAUUCAUAACAAACAUGCUGGAUAGUUUGUGGUACCAAA